GUAUUUUUUUUGGCUGUGUGUUUGUGUGUAACUUUCAUUGACUGGCCUACGAUCGCGUAACCACGGUCACACGGUUUUUUAUGGUUUGCCUAGUCAGCUGGCAUCAAUUGGUAGCGACGAGUCACAGCAAAUACUGUAUAGUUAUUACUUAAUCGCUUCAGGUACCUGUUUGUGUAGAUGACUCCGAACGAGGGUCUCAGGUGACGAUGAUUAGUCCAGGUUUCACUUCCGAGAUAAUGUGCUCGAAGUAAUCGGUGUCGAUUUCGGAGGAAGGCAGAAAAAUACACAUCCAGUUCGGAUUGAUUUCCUUGAUCGAGAGCGGAAAAACGAUUAGCUCCGAAGUUCCAGUUUGCGAUGCAGCUAUCCGAUACUUUUAGGGUAGUUCCUCAGGCGGCCGUCAUUGGUUUAAUUUGCAUCGCUUUCCGGCCACUAGUGGAACCAACAGAAGCACAACAACAACAACAAGACCCAAGCAACGUAUUCAACACUUCAUCCUGUCUGGAGAAACCUUACCGGUGUCCGCAUCCCAGGAUCAAAUUCUACCUUUACACUCGGCGAACUCAACAGGCUCCCGAGUUGAUCGAUGUGCUCAACACGGAAUCACUAUACCGCACACACUGGAACCCGAAGCACCCGGUGAAAAUAGUUAUACAUGGUUUCGGUGGAGGCCGAAACCUUUCACCCAGUCCGGAUAUGCGGAAGGCCUACUUCAUCCGGGGUAAUUACAACAUCAUAAUCGUUGAUUACGGGUCUGCGGUGACGGAACCAUGCCUAAGUCAAAUCGAGUGGGCACCUCGAUUCGGAAGUCUUUGCGUUUCCCAGCUGGUGAAAUAUUUGGCUGCACACCCGCGGGGUGUGCCACCGGAUAGUAUGCACUUGAUCGGAUACAGUGUGGGAGCCCACAUUGCCGGUUUAGUGGCUAACUAUUUGACCCCGGAAGAGGGUAAGCUGGGUCGAAUAACAGGGCUGGAUCCGACGAUCUUUUUUUACGCCGGGACCAACAACUCGCGGGAUUUGGAUACCAGUGAUGCUCACUUUGUGGACAUCAUUCACACGGGUGCCGGCAUUUUGGGCCAGUGGAGUGCGAGUGGGCACGCGGACUUUUACGUCAACGGCGGUACCAGUCAGCCGGGGUGUGCGAGCAGUACAAUCUUCCAAACGCUCGCAUGUGAUCACACCAAGGUGACGCCGUACUUCAUCGAGUCCAUCAACAGUGAAAAAGGUUUCUGGGCUGGUCCGUGUACAACGUUAAUAUCCUACCUGCUGGGUUGGUGCGAACCGAAAGAUUCUGACUACGUGCUGAUGGGGGAACACGUUUCUCAAAGUGCACGAGGUAUCUACUACGUGACAACCAAUGCCAAACCUCCGUACGCACGGGGUUUCCCCGGUAAAAAUCGCCGAACGGCGAAGAACUCCGAGUACGCUGGAGUCCGGCGAAAAUGAUUAGUUUAGAAACUGCCAUCGCAAUUUACAGACAACAGUCAUCAUGCAAAAGCAAAACGGUUGUGAUAUACAGACAAGACAAACUAUUUUCCUUGCAUUCUAAGAGAAUCAAAACAUGCUACAAUACCAGUGACAUAAUAGUGACACAUUUCCAGUAGAUUCUAGAAAAUAUCUCAAUAAGUAGUGUGUAGAAAUCAACAGGAAAGUGAGGGUUUAGCACAAAACAGACUAGUAGGGAUAGUAUAAGUUAAAAUGGACAGACAGAUAGUUGUCAGCUGCCCGUGUACAGCAAAGUAAUUUACCAAACGAGCAACUCGUCAUAUUAUAAGCAGUAGAUUUCAAUAAAAUGUAUAACGCCACAUGUUACGCAACAAGAGCCGCAGAGCCAGUGUUACCUGUUUUGAGGAAUGCCACUUGGUCUAAUCUGCGCUACCCGUGGCUGCGAUUCUUUAAUGACGGGUUGCUUUCAUAAGUAGAAUGCAGCAAAAUGACAAAUCAUACUCUAAGAUAUUCGCUCAGUAAUAGUGUAACCGAAGUGUUAAUAAACGGAUAAAAUUGGUCUGAAAACUAGAAACUUAUUAAAAUGUUAGAUCACUUCAAUAUGUGAAACAGUCGUAGAACAGUUUCGUAGCAAAUAUAAAAGCGGUUGAGCCAGAAUGUUUCGGAUUUGAAUAAAACUUUGUUGAUGAAACAGUUAUCACG